AUGACGAAUAACGAAAAACCAGUAACGACUGCCGAGCUAGAACAAGCCGAGAAAAAGCGAGGAAAACUAAAUGCUGCUUUGCGAGCAGUAGGUAUAAGAGAAAUUCCUAUUGAUUCCAUAAUAGACGGCAUUAAAGCCGGAACCAUAACUCCAAACGAAACUCUCGGAAUGACUGAAGAAAUUUUGAAAGUAGCAUCUGGCGUUCACAAAGCAGUAACUAGCAAAGGCUUCAAAUUAGCCUCCCAUUUAGUCGACCGAGUAAAAGACGCCUGUAUAGACUUAUCCAUCUCCAGUUUAGCCCUAAAAGUAGGUAAAGCCCAAAAAGGAAUAGCCGACACUAACGAAAAACUUGACAAACAAGGCAAAGAAAUGGGUGAAGGCUUCAAAAAAGCCGGCAAAGCUCUCCAAGACGCGAAAGGUGAGCUCGAAGGCAAAAUAGCUGGCAUGGGCAACCGCAUAGACGGCUUAGAAGAAGGCUUAGGCUCCGUUAAACAAGGCUUAAAUGAUGUUCGCAACGACGUUGAAGGUCUCAAAUCCGACCUCGAAGCCCAAGGCCACGAACUAAAGCAAGCCAUGAGCGAAAUGAAAUCCGAACUCCAAGAACAAAUCCACCAGCAAGCUGAACUCUUUGACCAUAAACUCCAACAACAAGACGCCAAAUUCACCCAAGAAAUCAGUCGCAUCGACUCCGAAAUCGCUAACCUCUCCGGCGAAAUGCGGCAACAAAAGCAAGAACUCAAAGCCGAAAUCCAACAAAAAAAUGAAGAAACCAAACAGCAACUUCGCCAAGAAAUGGAAAGCCAAAGAGAACAACUAGAAAACCAAAUUAAGAACAUUACUCAAGCCCAAAAUCGCAUUAACGAAGAAAUCCAAACCCAUUUAAGCGAAAUUGAUGAAACUCUUGACAUCGUCGAAAAACGCACCUUAGCCAACGCCCAAAAAAUCUUUGAAGAAAAACUCGAACGCGAACGCAAAGACCAAGAAUUAGCCGACGCCAUUAAAACCACCAACUCUAAGCUCGAAAACUUAGAACAACAAAAGCAAGAUUUAGCCGACAACCUCCAACGACAGCAAACCAAAUUUAACCAACAAACCAGCCAAACCCAGCAAGAAAUAAACGAACUAUCCGACAACCUCAACCAAUUCCAAGGGCAAAUCAACCAACAAACUGCCCAAACCCAACAAGAUUUUGAAAGCCUAGAACAAGAAUACACCCGCCAAACCAAAACCUUAAAUGCUAAAAUAGCCGACCACCAAGACCGCCUUGAAGACUACCAAGAAGAACUCAACCACACCAAACUCGCCCAAAAAAAACUCGACCACGAAUUCCGCGACAUCCUGGAAGACACCGAAACUCAAACUCACCUCCUCCAAGAACAAGCUGCUAAACUGGAAUUUGUCGCCCAAGGCAUGGAAGAAAUCGCCGAAGAAACCCACGAACGCCUCAAUAAACUCCACCAAGAAAUCUUUGACCUCGAUGAAAAAACCGAAGAAGCCCUCUUUACCGCCAAAAAAGCAGUGCGUAAAAUCGACAAUCUUACCGACGAACUAGCCAAAGAACGCCAACUUAUCCAAGAACUUGAAGCCCAAAUCCAAAAAAACCAACUGGAAACGGCAUUAGCCAAGCAAGAAGCCCGGUUAGCCAAUGAACGCCUAGACAACCUUAUAAAAACCCAACAACUCUCUGACUUCACCGCCCAAGAACUCGCCUUUUCUAAACUCCAAAAAACCCUCCAACUCAAAGCUGAUGAAGCCAAACUUCUCGCCCAACUCAAUAUCCUCCAGCAAUCCCACACCACUCUUACCGAAGAACUAGCCGAAAGAGAAUGA